AUGUUGACUUAUAAUGACAAGUUUAGAAAUAAAUCGUUAAGUAUUUUUAAGCGUUAUAGAUCUAAAAGUAUCCCCAAAUCUAAAAACAUCGUCAUAAGUAAUACACUGAAUAACCCCAAAAGACCCAUUUUACCUACAAACAAUGAAUUAACAAAUCACAUUAAACAAAAUUUUAUAGACCAAGUCCAAUUAUUAGACCCCAGUAUUCAACUAAAACCCCUGUCGCAAAUUAAACAGGAAUCAGAGACAAAAUUCUAUACUUCCUAUUUAAAACCUUCUUAUCAAUGGUUAUCAGAAAAUAAGUUGAGCUCAGAUCUAAUGAGUUUGUUCAAUAGUAUGAACACCAUGUCUGGUAUACAUAGUUUCACUAUAAACCAAUUGUUUGGAAAGAAGAAAGAUAUACAAUGGGUUCAAGAAACCUCUCAUUUCCAAAUUGACUGGAAUGAUUUUAUGAGUACCAACUUAUCCGUAGGGGAUAUAGUAUGUUUAAGGCAGUAUCCUGAUCAGUUAGCUAUGUGUGUACAAUUACCCAACCAAAUUGAAGAUACGAGAUAUACUUUUGCCCUAGUUGAUGGCACUCUAGUCUUUGGAUUUAAAUCAGCAGUCACCUUAAGAUUACCCUCUAUGUUUAAUGAAGAGGAAUGGGGGUUUAAUCUUCACAAGAGUAGAUUAGUGAAAACCAACAAAUUGACAUUAAAGUCUGAAACAAAAACAGAAACUCAAAAAAGUAAUAAUAAAAAGAGAGAUAAUAAUUUAGGUUAUUUUAAAAAUGAUCGUAAUAUUUCACAUUUUUUACCUGUUAUUGCCAAACAACUCAUUUCUUCUUACUUACCAAGCUACUUUAAUGAAAAGGCCUGGGAAUUAUUACCCACCGUCGAAAGGAAAUUAUUCCAAUUACACUUGGAAUUACGAUCAAUUAAAAAAGACACUCCAUGGCAAGUAGAUUUGCCGUAUAUUUUAAACUAUCUUACUGACAAUAACCCUAAUUCUGGAAAAUACAACACAAAAUUUGAUCCAUCCUUGAUUGUGGCAACAUUUUGGUCCUUGCGUAACCAGCAAGAAGAUAAGAUUUUGUGGGGUGACUUUCAAUUUAGCAACGCCUCUUUGAAUCCAGUUUCCAUCACCAUUCUACCAAACGAUAAACUGAGAAGGGCAAUUUCCUCUCUAAACUCGCAUGUCAUACAGGAUUUUGUUGAUGAUUAUAAUAAUAAUAUUACUGAUAAGAACGAAAGAACCAAUUUGGAACAAAAGUACCCAAAUAUAGCAAUAUUUUUGAAAGACUACGUUGCUGGAAAUUUGAUUUCAGAGUCAAUUGCUGGUCCUUUACUUUGUAAAAUUUUUAAAAAUUUGUCCAGUUACAGAAGAGAACAUAACCUAUCAAAGGAUUUAGCACAUAAAUUGCUAACAGAAAUAUCCAAGUCAUCAAGCCCCAAUCCUUUAUUAAAAAACCAUGAACUCAAUUUGGAAUCUUUGGAAAUAAAAACUGAUGAAAAAAUUUUUGAAUUUUAUGGUGAUUUCGCAGAAUUGGAAUACAAAAACGAGCCUUCGUUGCCUAUUUUUAAAGAUCCUAUUUACUGUAUAGACUCGAUUGAUGCACACGAAAUCGAUGAUGGUAUUUCCAUUAAACAUAAGGGAGGCAAUAUUUACACACUUUCAAUCCACAUUGCCGACCCAACCUCAUAUUUUGUGGACAUUGAUGGUAACAGCAAUACACCAAAACUAUCAAAUUAUACUGAUAUUUAUACCAUUGCACAAAAUAGAUCCUUUACUACAUAUUUACCGGAUAAAGUACAACCCAUGUUCCCAGAACUAUUUGUCAAACAAAUAGACUUGGGUAAUAAAAGGGCCAGAACUUUAGGAUUUAAAGUUGAUAUUGAAUUCAUUAACAACAAUAAGGAUAUUAAUGUGUUAAGAAAUACUUUUGAUUUUCAACGUUAUAACGCUGAAAAUAUACCAAAAGGCUUUACAUAUGAAAUGGUUGAUAAAAUUUUGGAAGGUGAUAAAAAAGUGGACCCUGAACACCACAAAAAUUUAACUAAAUUGUAUCAAAUUAGUAACCUCCUGUACAAAAAAAGAAUUAUAGAAGAUAAUGCAAUUAUUUUCGGCGAAGGAUUUAACAAGGGCUUGGUCAAAUUAGAUAGUGAAUCCCAAAUACACUUUUAUGAUAACAAAAAUACAAAAUCAACAACUUUGGUCUCGGAAAUCAUGAUUUUAGCUAACAAGUUAAGUGGCGAGUACUUGGCUAAGAAUAAAAUACCAGCUAUAUUUAAAUCGUAUAAAGAAUUAAAUGUGGAUCCACAAGUUGCUGCUAAGUAUAACAAUUUGAAAUUACAAACUAAAAAAUCACUUGAAGUAACCAAUAGAUCUACAUAUUUACCCAGUUUCCAAGAUAUAACCAAGUAUAUGUCAAUUUUAAAUACUAGCACUUUCGUUUGCGACCCAAAUUUACCACACAACAUGUUAGGUUGUAAACAUUAUGCUACUGUGACUUCGCCCUUAAGAAGGUUCCCGGAUAUAAUUAAUCAUUUACAAAUGUGUGCUUUUAAGCAAACAAAAAAAUUCAUUUUCACCGAACAAGAAAUAAGAUCCGUACUGCAAAAAAAUAUCCUCCCUCGAGAUAUUAUUCUAAGAAAAUAUUCUAAAAAAGUUUCCAAAUACUGGACCCUAAAACAAUAUAAAGUUGGUGAUAUAUUACCAAGCAUCAUGAUUACCUCGCUACCUGUUAUGAAUUCAUCUGGAUUUGUAUGUUUGUACUCACAAUACGCGUCAGGUGUUUUAAGAUUAGCUCCAAAUCAUUCUUUCAAAGUCGGGGAUAUCGUGGAAAAUUGUAAAAUAACCAAAGUGGACGCUUUGGAUGGAGUUUUAGAAGCUAGUCUAUAA